GGGCAGGCCGCGGCCAUGGCCGUGUUCGACUCGCCGCGGGACGCGUUCGGGGCGCUGCGCCCCGCCUGCGUGCAGCUGACGCGGGUGCAGACGGCGGAGAACGUGUGGCGGCUGGCGGCGCGGCUGGCGGCGGUGAGCGGCCCGGCGCUGCAGGAGCUGCAGGAGUACGUCCUCUUCCCGCUGCGCUUCGCGCUGAGGGCGCCGGGGCCGCGGCGGGAGCGGCUGGUGCAGAGCGCGCUGCAGUGCAUGACCUCGGUGCUCGCAGCCACCGCCGUGCGCAGGCCGGAGCUCCUGCAGGAGCUGCUCGCGGAGCUCUGCGCCUGCCUCGGCCCCGGCCCCGCCGCGCCGAGCGAGGACUUGAAGCUGGCGGUGACCGAGGCGCUCCGCACGCUGCUGCACUCGGCCUCGGGCGAUGUGAGCCUGUCCCUGUACCAACCGGCCACCCUCCCGCUCCUCGCCUCUGCUGUGUCCUUGCUUCUGGGGCUGGCGGAGCGAGAGAAAGCAAAGCAGCUCAAGGUCUCUGCGUUGAAGUGCUUGCAGGUCCUGGUCCUGCAGUGCGACUGCCAGGAGCACCGGCCCCUUGGCGAUGACGAGGCACAGCAAUGUGGGGAUCUGUUUGCUUCCUUUCUGCCUGGGAUUUCCCUUUCCCUGUCCCGGGUUGUUACCGGAGACAUCAAACAAGGGCACAAACCCACCGUUGCUGCCAUCAGACUCUUUUAUCUGAUUGUUGGCCUGGUGAUGGCCGAUGCACAGCUAGCCAGAGUCCCAAAGAGCAAAGAGAAGCUACCAGAAAAGCAAAGCAGAGUAUCAGAAGUACUGGUUCAUAGAGGACCUGACUGGAGCAAAAGUACAGCCAAAAAUCUGUCUCUCCUCCUGUGUAAAAUGGUUGAGUUCUCCUCCGUUCACCCCCACUGGAAGGUGAGACUGGAGCUGGUGGAGCUGGUCCACCACUUACUGAGGAACUGCAGCCAUUCGCUGGGGAGCUCCUUCACUCACCUCUUGAAGGCCUUGGUGGGGCUGGUUAACGACGAAAGCAGCGAAGUCCAGAGCAGAUGUAACGAGGUUCUGCAGUGCAUUGCAGAGCAGAAGAUCAUAGCACAGAGCAGGGCUCUGGCUGAUGUCCUCUCCGAGAACCUCCACUCCCUUGCCACGGCGCUUCCUCGCCUGAUGAGCUCUCAGGAUGACAUGGGCAAGGUUUCCACUCUGAGCUUGCUGCUCGGCUACCUGAAGCUGCUGGGCCCCAAGAUUAACAUCGUCCUCAACUCCACGUCCCACCUGGGCCGCCUGUCCAAGGCACUGAUGCAGGUUCUGGAGCUGGACGUGACGGACGUGAAGAUAGUGGAGCAUAGACAGUGGGGCUGCGAGGGCUUCCUGCAGCCUGCUGUGCAGAAUGGCAGAUGCCAGAGGAAAUACUUCCGCUUCUUCACAGAGGAGAAGGUUUUCCAGCUCCUUCAACAAGUGUGUCGUGUUCUUGGCUACUAUGGGAACCUCUAUUUGCUUGUGGAUCAUUUCAUGGGACUGUACAGCGAAUCUGCCAUGUACCGAAAGCAGGCGGCCAUGGUCCUCAAUGAGCUGAUUGCAGGAGCUGCUGGAGUGGGAGUGGAUGUCCUCCAGGAAAGGGAAGUGUCACCGAGCAUGGACGAUCUCAAAGGGUCCGUGACAUCCAUUCUCGAUGAGUACACAGACCAGGCAAAUUGGUAUUUGAUCACGAGCAUCGAUACAGAAGAAGUCAGCCAUGAGCAGCUCCCUGCCCACCACACAGCACUCCCUGCCCACCCAGAGGGUACGUGCAGUACCAUUCUCCUUCCAUCCCCGGAGCUGCACGCAACAGCCCGCACCAUGAACAGCAACAUCUGGCAGAUGUGCAUCCAGCUGGAAGGGGUCGGCUGCUUUGCUGCUGUCCUCGGGAAGGAGUUCCGGCUGCUGCUGCUGUCGGCUCUGUACCCGGUGCUGGAGAAGGCUGGGGACAAGACCCUGCUCAUCAGCGAGACGGCGCUGGGGACGCUGGCGGACGUGAGCGAGGCCUGUGGCUACGGCUCUGUGCAGCGUCUCAUUAAUGACAACUCUGACUACCUGGUGAACGGGAUCUCCCUGGGCUUGCGCCAGCUGGCGCAGCAGCCACGGGCCUCCCGGGUGCUGGACACUAUGCUGAGGCAUUCGGACGCCAGCUUGCUGCCACUGGUAGAAGAUGUUAUCCAAGAUGUCCUUUCAACGCUAGAUCAGUGUUACAACAGCCAGGCUUCCACCUUCCUCGGGGUCCUGCACUCACUAGUGACAGCUUUAGUCCAGUGGUUUGGAUCAUCCUGCAGUGAGGAGCAGCAGCAGCAGAGCACCAAGUGCCAGAGCAGGACCUUGGACCCAGGGCCGCAGGCGGUGACAGCACGAGACAUGGAGCAGUUCUUCCUGGACUACAUCAGGCAGAAGCAGAUUGCAGAGGGCGAUGUUCCCGACUCAGGGGAUGAGGAGGCAGAUGAGGUUCCCACCCUUGCUAAGCCAGAGCCAAGCAACUGUGAGACAGAAGGAGAAGCUCCCCUGCCCAGCCAUGCUCAGCUGGCCAAAGACGUGCUGGAGAGGUGCAUCCACUUGCUGUCUGACGGGAGCCUCCAUGUGCGGCUCAAGGUUCUGGACGUGCUGGAACUCUGUGUAACUGUGCUGCAUCCUCAUGGAAACCAUCUGCUUCCCAUGGCUCACAGUGUCUGGCCAGCUCUCGUCACCCGCCUGAUCAGCGAUGACCCUCUGGCAGUGCUCAGAGCCUUCAAGGUGCUGUGUACCCUGGCUCAGAAGUGUGGGGACUUCCUGAGGCCGAGAUUCUCCAGAGAUGUCCUGCCUAAGCUGACCAGCUCCCUCCUCAGCCAGGCCCCAGCGAGUGCCAGAGCUGGGCCUGUGUACACCCACACGCUCGCCUUCAAGCUGCAGCUGGCUGUGCUGCAGGGCCUGGGCUCUCUGUGCACGAAGCUGGACAUGGGCAAGAGUGACCUGAAUAAAGUGGCAGAUGCCUGCCUGAUUUACCUCAGUGCCAAGCAACCCAGGAAACUGCAGGAAGCUGCCCAGAGCGUUUUCCUCCACUUAAUGGCCGUGGACCCUGACUGGACAUGGCUCUUGCUGACAGAGACCUGCUGCCCGCAGGGGUACGAGCCCCCCCACGCCAGCCUGCAGCCGGUGCAGCUGGCAGGGAUGGGGCGGCAGCGGAACGAGCUGACGGACAACGUGGGGCUGCUGCUGGAGCGGCUGCGGCAGCGGGAGAGCGGAGCACAGGAGCCCCCUCCUUGACGGACGGAUGGAGCU